GACUUUCUGUAUAAUGUUCGAGCAAGAGCCGUUGGUUUAUCCUGUCGUUGCAUCGUCUACGUUUCGUCUGCGCUCUGCAGAUGAAGGAAGACUUUUAGCUGCAGGGCAAGAUGGCGGACGUGCCUGUUUGUAUUCGCGUUGGCGCAAUCCUACUGUUCUAGCAGCUGCUGAUAUGAUACAGCAUCUGGAACAAGCCGAAGGAACGUUGCUGCUUCCAUCAGGAAUGGCUGCUAUAACCACAUGCCUAUUGACGUUACUCAAAACGGGAGACCAUGUGGUUGCUGCUAAUGUCCUCUAUUCUGGAACCACAUGGUCUCUCAGGAAUACGUUCGCUCGUUGGGGUCUCGAAGUGUCGUGGGUUGACGGCUCGAGUGUUGAAGAAUACAGAAAAGCCAUCAAACCGAACACAAAAUUGCUGUAUAACGAGACACCAGCCAAUCCACUCAUGGGCAUAGUAGACUUGGAAGUAUUCGGACAGCUCAGUGUUACAAAUCCUGACCUCAUCACAGUCGUCGACAGCACGUUUGCGUCUCCCUACUUGCAGCAACCAAUCAAAUAUGGUGUUGAUAUCGUCGUCCACAGCUGUACAAAGUACAUGGGUGGUCACAGUGACCUGACAGCUGGCUGUAUUUCAUUUCGAUCGCAGCAACUAUUCCAGAAGGUUUAUCAUGAGGCGAAAACGAUCGGAACACUCGCUCUUUCACCAUUUGAUGCAUUCUUGUUGCAUCGUGGCCUCAAAACUCUCCACAUACGAAUGCAAAAACACUCAGCAAAUGCUCUCGUGUUAGCACAAUUCCUGAAGAGCCACCCAAAGGUGACUCGAGUGUAUUACCCGGGAUUGCCAUCUCAUCCCGGACACGAGACAGCGAAAAAGCAGAUGAAACAAUUUGGAGGAAUGAUCUCGUUUGAGGUUGCAGGUGGCUUAGAAGCAGGAAAACAACUGGUGGAGGCAACGAGAGUUUUUGUUCUCGCUGUGUCACUCGGCGGCAUCGAGAGUCUAAUCGAGCAUCCGGCUAGCAUGACACACACGCGUGCAAUCAUCACAUCCGAAGACCAAGCGAGUGCCAACAUCACAGACGGCUUACUGAGAUUAAGUGUUGGGAUUGAAGAAGUCGAUGUACUGAAGGCGGAUCUGGCUCAAGCCUUGGACAAGGUUAUAGUCGCGUGAUAGUCACGUGACACAUGUACACCAUGAUAUCUUUCCUUGUAUGCUAUUGGUUUGACUGAUUGUAUGUAU